AUGGUUGAACUUCAGUCCAUCUUUAAAAAGGCCUACUGGUCGCUGGCCGCCGGUGGUCUUGUCUACGUCCAACCAUUUAAUUUGGUGACACCCGAUAAUGAAACCCUCUACGCGUGGCAUCUGCUCCCUCCCCACCUCUGUCGGGAGCAUGAGGAGAAAUUAAAUGCAGAUGAGCCUUCGGGUCCGGCGAGUGACUAUACUAAAACUCCCGCCUACGAACUGCUGGCAAAUGACCCUAAUGCCAGGGUCGUGGUCGCUUUCCACGGUAAUGCCGCUCACAUCGGCUCCGCUCAACGCCCGGAAACCUACCGUAUGCUUCUGGGACUGUCAACACCCUCCAACCCUAUCCAUGUCUUCGCCAUGGACUAUCGCGGCUUCGGCAUAUCCACCGGAUCCCCGACAGAAGAAGGCCUAAUCACCGAUGGAGUAGCCCUGCUCAACUUCCUCACCUCCAGUCCAUUGAAUAUCCCCCCGUCUCGAAUCGUCAUCACAGGCCAGAGCCUCGGAACAGCCGUCAGCGCAGCGGUAACCGAGCGUUUUGCAUUCGGAUCUCCCGACCCAACUGCCAUCCAGCCCGCCAUAAAAAACCCCGAACCCUUCGCUGGUGUGAUCCUCAUUGCAUCAUUUAGUAAUAUACCUAGUCUCCUCGAUACUUACAGUUUGAAGGGUCUCACACCUCCAAUCCUCUCCCCUCUUGUUGGCUACCCUCGUGUGAAGAACUGGACGAAGAGCCAUGUUAUCGAUCGUUGGGAUACCGCCGCGCGAGUGGCACGGUUAACCGGAGUUGGACCGACGGCUCAGAAUGAUUCGGCUAUUGGUUAUGCGGAUAAGGGGUUGGAUCUUACCAUUGUGCAUGCGUAUAACGAUGCCGAGAUCCCAUGGUACGAAGGACGUCGCGUUUGGGUGGCUGCAACUGGGGAGAACGAUAAGGAUGCUCCCGGGCGCCUUGUCCACGAGAAGAAGGACUCGAAGAGUCAGAAUGAAGUGCUUAUCUGGGAGAACAGAUCUAGCAAGAACGCCGGUGUGGUUAAAAGUGUUAGAUGGGAGCGUGUGCCGUACGGUGGUCAUAACCGCGUUGCGACAUUUUCUGUUGCUGCUCUUGCUGUGCUUAGGGCUUUCGAGCAGUGA